AUCUAACCCCACCUGACCCGCGCCGCCGUGCCUCAACAGCUUCCGCGGACGGCCAACAGUCUUCCAGGCUGCCCCGUCGCCGUCGGCGAUAAUCCGCCGCCGAGCAAAGCAGCCGAGCCGAGCCGAGCCGAUGGCGGCGGCGCUGGCCGCGCUCCCCCGUGGCGCUUCCCGCCUCGCGCCUCGUGUCCGCCAGCCUCCCUUCCGCGCUCUCUGCGCCGCAGCUGCGGCCGGCGAGGCCUCGAAGCGGAGGCUGGUACUGUACAGCAAGCCGGGGUGCUGCCUCUGCGAUGGACUCAAGGAGAAACUCCACGCCGCGUCGCUGCUCGCUGGCACGCCCUACUCCCUCGCGUCCCUCGAGCUCCAGGAGAGGGACAUCACGACGAAUCCGGAGUGGGAGCGGCUCUACCAGUACGAGAUCCCAGUGUUGGCCAAGGUGCUCCCCGACGGGACCGAGGAAAUACUUCCCAGGUUAUCGCCACGUCUAAGUGUUGAGCUCGUACAAAAGAAAAUUUAUUCUGCGUUUGAUCAGUAAGGAGACCUUUUCUGGGGGGCAAUGGCAAUUUUAUUUAAUUAAUAGCUCCAGCUGUAAGAUGUCAGUUGUAAUACUUUCUUGAUUGACACAUGGAUUUCAAUUUGCUUGACUUGUGUUCUGUAAGGAUUUUUUAUAGAUUUGUUCAUUGCUUUGAUGAAAUGUAAUUAUAUGGAGUGACAUCCAAAUACUUAUGUUGCUUCUUAAGAAUUUAUAUGUCACACAUGAUGGUCAAUGAUGUCACAAUGAAACAUGGAUAGCCGA